AUGCCUGAAGGAACUCUUCAAGUUCUUCUUGUCGGAGCCAAAGGUCUCGAGAACACCGAUUUCCUCACCAAUAUUGAUCCUUAUGUGCUUCUCACUUGCCGAACUCAGGAGCAAAGAAGCAGUGUUGCAUCAGGACAAGGAUCUGAACCAGAAUGGAAUGAAACCUUUGUUUUUACCAUUUCUGAGGGUACUUCAGAACUCGUUCUAAAGAUAAUGGAUCGUGAUACUCUCACGGUUGAUGAUUAUCUUGGAAAAGCAAGCAUUUCUUUACAGCCACUAUUCAUGGAAGGAAACCUGCCAACAACUGCAUACAGCGUUGUCAAGGACGAGGAAUACCGUGGACAGAUCAGUGUUGGCCUUAGUUUUACUCCCGAGCGUCGCACUAGUAGGGGAUUUGAUGUUGAGGAGGAGAGCUAUGGAGGCUGGAAAGAAUCAGCUUACAGAGAUUGA